AUGGAUAAAUUGAUUGGUCAUUAUAGAUUUAAUAUGAAUCAUCUUAUUGGUAGGGGAGCUUAUGGCUCCGUUUUCAAAGGUAAAACCUAAUAAGGAUAACCAGUGGCAGUCAAAGUGAUAGACAAAAGAAUGAUUAAUAAAGUAAUUUGAAUAAAAUUGAUCAUUUUAAGGAGAAUGAAAAACACUUAAAAAACGAAGUAGAAUCAAUGAGGACUUUAAAUCAUCCUAAUAUUGUGAAAUUUUUAGAUUAUUAUGAAACACAAAAUAAUAUAUAUAUCAUAUCCGAAUUUUGUGAUGGUGGAGAUUUAAGAGAUUUGAUUAAAAGAGGUAAAUAAGAUGACAACUUAGUAAUAAGCAUAUUGUAGCAAAUUUUAAAUGGGUAAAGUCUAACAUUAUUGUUAGAUAUCGAGAGUUGUAAAAUAAAUCUAUAAUCCAUAGAGAUUUAAAACCAGCUAAUAUCUUAAUUCAUUAGAACGUUAUUAAAAUUGCAGAUUUUGGGUUUUCUAAACGAAUCAAUUUUGAAAAUGAUCUAAUGAAUAGUGUAGCAGGAACUCCUUUAUAUAUGGCACCAUAGACAGUGCUUAGAUAGCCUUAUUGUUCUAAAUGUGAUAUUUGGUCUCUUGGGAUGAUACUAUAUGAACUUAUUUUUUAAAAGCCUCCUAUUAAAGCAUAAAAUGUAUUAGAAUUAUAAGAAUAAAUCAAAUUGCCAAUCAUUGUACCUAAAAUUGACAAUUAACUUCUGUAGGAUUUAAUAUAAAAAUGUCUUUAAGUUAAUGAAGAUGAACGUAUCAGUUGGGAUGAAAUUUAUAAUCAUGAAUUGUUUUGUUAAAAUGACUAUUAUAUGCAAUAAAUACAAAAUAUUGAAGAAGAAAAAGGUUAAUAAUUGAGUGAAUCAUAAUCAAUAAGCAAUCAAAAUUUAUUGGAAUAUUAAAGACUUAUGAUUAAAAAUUAUCUAGAAAUUGAAUUUGAAAAUAACUAAAAGUUGUAUUUAAACAUCAUUAAUACAACAAGAAGUCUUUAUAAUUUUAGCAUAUUUGUGAAUGCAUAAUAAAGAUAAUAUUAAUAUGCUUAAUAAUUAGCAUAAUAUCUUCAAGGUUGUGCAUUUUUUCAUCUUAAUCUUAUUGAUUAAUCUAUUUUAUUUAAGGAAUUCGAUAAAUUUAUAUUAACAGAAAAAGGAUAAUAUUGUCUUUAAUAGCUUUAAUUUUUAAAGUAAAUGAUCUAAGAAAAAAAUAUAUAACUUCUUAAUUCUACUUUUAAUCAAUUUGAUUUAAAUGAAUUAUAAAAGUUUUUAGAAUAUGCUAUCAUUUAAAUAACUACAUAAUCAGCUUAGAUGAAUCAUGCAAAAUUAUGUUUUAUUCUAAUGUCAAAAUAUAUAAUUGAAAUGAUCAAGUAUGAAAAUGAAUAUCCAAAUAAACAUUUGUUUUAACUAAUAGAUAUUGCUUAAAUAGACAUACUUUCAGAUCAAGAAUUGGCUUAUAGAAUUAAUUGUAUUUGA